AGAAAGGAGAAGCGCUUUGUCAGCUGGGGAACGAAAACGGCUCAAAGAAGUUCCAUUGGUAGUGGAUGCUGGUCUUCUAGCUGUGUUUGAUACAAACGAUGUAGAAGAAACAAGUUAUCGGGAUGGGAUUCAGGCUCUCGUCAACUCUCUUUUUUCGCUCCCCAUACAAAAAACGCAAGAUGGACCUCUUGCAGUUCUUCCCCCUAUAGAAACAUCCUUACCAAGAGCGAAACCUCUUCCCAAGCCAAAACCAUUAACCAAGUGGGAACAGUUUGCAAAAACAAAGGGAAUCCAGAAGAAGAUACGCGAUAAAAAAGUGUGGGACGAAGAAAAACAAGAAUGGGUUCAGAGAUGGGGAAGACAGGGAAAAAAUAAAGAGGUUGAAGAGCAAUGGAUCCAUGAAAUCCCGGAUAAUGCCCCGGAUGAUUAUGAUCCUAUCAAGGAAGCUCGUGAUAAACGAAAAGCAAGGGUAGCUAAGAAUGAGAAGCAGAGGCAAGCUAAUUUGGCACGUAACACAGGUGCUAGUACAUCGAAAGAAGAAAGGAAGGAUCAAUUGAGAUCCCAGGCUCUUCAAACCAAGAUGAGCACUGCAAGUAUGGGAAAAUUCGAUCGUAAGCUGGAAGGAGAACCUAAAGUGAGAGGUGUCAAACGAAAGUUUGAUCCCAAUGAGGGUGAUCUCCAAGCGGAGAAAGCUGCAUCUCUCGCCCUUUUGUCGAAGCUGGAGCAUGCCGGUCCAUCAUCCACCAGCAAGAAGGCUCGAAAAGAAGGGGGAGGAGAAGGAAAGGACGAUAUUCUCAACGUUAGAAAGGCUGUGAGACACGAGACAAAGGGCAGAGGGGCGACUGCAUUGGCGAGCAAAGCAUCGAACGGCAAGAAAGGCCGAACAGGAGGGAAAAAAGGCAAACGAUGA